GGAACCGCGGCGGGCGGGCGACGAGCAGGCCCCAGGGCCGGGAGGCUGCGGGCGGAGGCGCUGGGCCCGGCGCGGCGAGAGAGGCCACGAGAUGCCGAGCAAGAAGAAGAAGUACAAUGCGCGGUUCCCGCCGGCACGGAUCAAGAAGAUCAUGCAGACGGAUGAAGAGAUUGGAAAGGUGGCGGCGGCUGUGCCUGUCAUCAUCUCUCGGGCGCUUGAGCUUUUCCUGGAGUCACUGUUGAAGAAGGCCUGUCAAGUGACCCAGUCCCGAAACGCCAAGACCAUGACCACAUCUCACCUGAAACAGUGCAUUGAGCUGGAGCAGCAGUUUGACUUCUUGAAGGAUCUGGUGGCAUCCGUGCCUGACAUGCAGGGGGACGGGGAAGACAACCACAUGGAUGGGGACAAGGGUGCCCGCAGGGGCCGGAAGCCAGGCGGCAGCAGCCGGAAAAAUGGUGGGAUGGGAAGCAAAGGCAAGGACAAGAAGCUGUCGGGGACAGACUCGGAGCAGGAGGAUGAGUCUGAGGAUACAGAUACUGAUGGGGAAGAGGAGACACCACAGGCCCCACCCCAGGCCAGUCAUGCCCCGGCCCACUUUCAGAGCCCCCCGACACCGUUCAUGCCCUUCACCUCAACUCUGCCUCUGCCCCCAGCGCCCCCAGGCCCCUCAGCACCUGACGCAGAAGAUGAAGAGGAUUAUGACUCCUAGCGCCCUCUGCCCCCCAGGCCAUACCCCCUUUUAGUUGGUUUUAGUUGUUCUGGGGGGAAGAGGGAAGAUAAAGUUGUUCUUAAAUUUAUUAAAAAAAUAAUAAUAACAAAAGGAAA